UUUUAUACACAACUCAUAGGAUUUAUUUACUACACACACACAACAAAUAAUUUAAGUUUUUUCCAAAUCUCCAUGUACUUUGAAGCUUUAAAUUUUCGUAGUUAAGAACUUUGAUGGAUCGAAAUGCCAUUAAGAGGCAUUCUUGGCAUCUUGGCCACUGCCGGUUCCUUUUUUGCAUUGGGCGCCUAUUAUCAACACAUCGAUGUGAUGCGAAAUAUACGACGAUUGGAGCAACGCAACCCACAUGCCUAUUUCAUCCGAAGGAAACUCUACGGAUUGCUCGGAAUCUUCACUGUGAGAGCCGACAGUAAGGAAUUCACUGUUGAACCCGACGACUGUCACAAGUUGGGCGGUAUAAUGAAGUAUGGCUUCCCUAGCACAAAUGACAUUAGUCUUAAUGAAACCUUCGACUUUGUGACCUCGUUCGAUCGUCAAAACUCGGCCGUGCAGUGGAUGUGUGAGAGGGUGGAUAUAUCGAAUCGGAUGAGCUUUGGGGAUCCCUCAUCUUUGACGACAAUUGGAGCUUUUAGCCAGUCGGAGGCAUCCAGAAUAUUUUUCUUAUCAAAUAUAAAACCUUUUUUGAAAAGAGGAUUUAAUCUUACCGUUUGGAAUCGAUUGCUUCAGUAUGUCACUGACAUGAGUCAGAAACAUGGAACCGUAUAUGCUUACACCGGAUCCAUUUAUUUACCCCGUGAGAUGAAGUCAAAUAGUUGGUUUGUGGAGUUCCAAACAGAGGGGAGAACAAUGGUGGCGGUGCCGACGCAUUUCUUCAAGGUCCUGGUCAUUGAUCCUAAAUUCGAGGGCGAUGCCACGCCCUACGCGGAGGCGUAUGUGAUGCCCAACACUCCAUUAAACAAUAAUGUUGACCUGAAGACCCUCCUCAGCGAUAUCCGGGAUAUAGAAAAUGUCACAGGUUUACGCUUUUUCGAGGGACUUGAUCGCAACUUUAUCAACACCCAAAUAACCAGUUCUAUAGGCAAUUCAGUAAUAACCCCAGUAAAUUGUCCAGUAUGCAGUACAAUAGUCAAUCUUCCGACCAAGUAAUAUAAAAUAAAUAAAUGUUUUGAUACGUA